CAAGGAAAAACGAUUUCGCAAUACUUCUCAAGCGGCUCCCAAUGAACUAGCUAAACAAUAACAGACUUCAGUGAACUAGCUACUUCUAUUGACAACAGCUCUGGAUUUUGGUGUACCUCGGCCACUCGAUGGACGAUUGAGAAGACCUUAACAUUCUGAAGGUUGUGUGCAACUGGAGUGCAGUGGAGCCCCCAAACCACACACACACCUGGACGUCCUGAGCGGAGUGCUGACCUCGUGAACCUGUCCGCAGUGACCGCUGCAGCGCUGACUCCAGCAGAGGGCGCCAGAUAGCCAGAGCACACGUGAGCGCCACGGUCGGUCGGACCCCUUUUAGAUGAGCAUGCCGUCACAGCAGAAGCCAAUGACGGACCAGAACGGCGUCAGUGUCAUCCAGAGCCAGACGCUCGCCAGCGCCACCCUCCCCACUGGAGGGGGACUGCAACAGGUGCCCCAGCUGGUCCCUGUGAGCUCUGGAGGGGGGGGCAAGGCGGCCCCCCCUAGCCGUCUGAAGAAGGGUGCGUCAUCGGACAAGGAGAGCGAUGAGUACCGGCAGCGGCGCGAGCGCAACAACCUGGCGGUCAAGAAGAGCCGCAUGCGCAGCAAGCAGAAGGCGGCCGACACACAGCAGCGCGUCAACGAGCUCAAAGAGGAGAACGAGCGCCUGGAGGCCAAGAUCAAGCUGCUCAGCAAGGAACUGAGCGUGCUCAAAGACCUCUUCCUGGAGCACGCGCACAACCUGGCCGACAACGCGCCCCCCAGCGCCGCCAGCACCACCCCCGGCGAGCCCUGCGCCCCCCCACACAACAACAACAACAAUAACAACAACAACAACAACAACAAGGGCGGCAGCAGCGGCGGGGUGGGACAGUGAUGACCGAGACUCUCCUCUCCUCACACCGAGGGGCACCACACUGCAUGCUCUUCCUCUUCUCCUUCUUUUUUCUUUUCUUCAUCCUGUCUUUCUGUUGGCUGCCCUCUCCUCUCUGUUCUGUCCUGUCCGGUCCAUCAUAUGUUCUCUGUGUCCAGUCAGGUUGGCCUCAUCUGCUUCCCUAAACCAGGAAUGGAGAAUUGACCUCUAUUGCUCUUCAUCGUGAGUGUCUGUGAGUGUGUGUGUAUCUGUUUUUUGUGUGUGUGCGCGCUCUGGUGUGUCAUGAGGUCACAGCACAGGUUGUUUGGCUUCUGAUGACUUCUGACGUUUCAGCUCAGCAGUGAUGACCCAUCAGAGCCCCUUGCCAGACACACACACACACACACACCAUGAAACGGUUGGGGUUGUCUUAAAGACUCCUUUGAUGUCAUUGCGAGAAGGGGAAAUGGAUGGGAUUUGUCUGAACAGGGUUGGGUGGAACACACACACACACACGUAUGCACGCACACACACACCCACACACGCACACAGGUGUGUUUUAUAUUUUGUCUUGUGCUGUUUCUGAACGUGAUCUUGACCUCAGGCUGCCCUCAGCCUCACCACACGGCCUUGUCUGCACAGUUUCCACGAGGUUCCCCCACCCCCGCCUCCACCCCCACCCCCGCCGCCACCUCCACCUCCCACACUGGUCCACUGCUGCGCCCGCUGGGCUCCACAGCUGGCAGGGGCCUGCGCCACGACGCUCCGCUCCGCCCGAAUGUUGUACUACACGAUUGGGGGACGAAGACAUUCGGACAUUUGGACUCCUGAACGAACGACUUCAGCUGAAAUUUUACUUGGCUCGAUUGUAAAGCAGAGAAGAAAAACAAACAAACUUUGAAACGUUUUUUAGAGAAGAAGAGAAGAAAACGGCUCCACUAAUUUCCAGGUGAAUGUUGGAUGAAUAUUUGAUUGACGUUUUGCUGAGUUGUCGAUGUUGCUGUGCAGCAUUCUUCUUGUGACUAGGGUCUCCUAGCUUUUUAUAAGAGUUUUAUGGGGGUAUUGUGAAUUGUAAAUUAAAAUUGAAUACAAACCUCA